CUGCACGGCCAAGAAUACUGAUACAAAUUCAUAAUUUUUGGUUGCUGCUUUUACUUUUUAAUCUCCACUGUUCAUCGCUUUCUUUGAGAAGAAAAACGUUGGACACUUUUCUUCGGGUCUCUUUUUAUUUUCGGUCUUAGACGAGAUCUGUUUAAUUCGCAAAGUAUAUCUGAAGCCUGAAAGUCCCCGUUCACUGCCGCCACAAAGGUCUAGACUUGUGCUUGUGGGAGGUAGUAGGCUGCUUGGUGGACUAGUCAAGCUGGGUGCUCAGAGCAAUGUUCUCAAGUUCUUUUUCUCAAAGGGAAUCAAAUUGUUGAAAUGAGAAACGACAAGGCAGCUGUUGCAAGUUCAAGUAAAAUCAAAUUUGAUGACUCUGACAAACAUGAAUCUUUGUCUGAAGAUGAGGAGGAGAAGGAGUUAGAGGAGGAGCUUGCUGAUGUGACUUUUGAGGAAUUGCUGAGAGCACGGUCCGAUGGGUCAGAUACAGUGUAUAGGAAGUUCAAUUCGGAAGGAAAAAGUGGCCGAGCAAACAAGAACAGGCCAGUGGAGAUGAGUAGCAAGAAGCGAGUGAGCAGAUUUAGGGAAAUCAUCCAAGUUCCUAAAAAAGUUACUCGUGACCCUCGCUUUGAGCCUUUAUGCGGUCAGCUCAACGAAGAAGGGUUCAAGAAGAGAUAUAAUUUUCUUUAUGAGGAUGAUCUUCCAGCAGAAAAAGAGGAUCUGAAGAAACAGAUGAGGAAAUCAAAUGAUCCAGAAGAGGUUGGUGAACUGAAAAAUCGCAUUACUUGGAUUGACAAACAAUUGAAAUCAGCAGGAGUGAAGCACACCGAGAGCGAGAUUCUUUCUGAGCACAAGAAGAAAGAGAGAGAAGCUGCUAAGCAAGGGAAACAACCUUAUUACCUCAAAAAGUCUGAAAUUCGGAAGCGCAAACUUGUUGAGAAAUACAAAGAGCUCAAGGCGUCUGGCAAACUGGAAGCAUACAUUGAGAAGAAAAGGCGCAAGAAUGCUUCAAAAGACCACAGAUACUUGCCAUAUCGUCGUCCUGGCGAGCAAGAGAACCAGUGAAAUAACAGGCUUGCUUGCUGUAGCAAAUUUGUUUACUUGGGUUUCUGACUUUCUUCUCACAGGUAUGUAGAGGCUUUGCUUGGUAGGCAUAAUCACGGGCCUCUUAUUCAAGAUACAGAGAUACUGGGGAAAUACUUUUGUUACUUCAAUUCUUGUUAGGGUGCAGCCAGCUACGGCCUAUAUAUGCGUCCCUGAUGGUACAGUUGGCAGUUCUUUUUUAAGUUGGAUAUUCUGAAUUUGAGUAGCACAGGCAACAACAGUGCUCUCUGUAAUUGAAGAUGAAGUAGCAAAUUUAUCUCCUUGACUUGGCUCUUUUAAAGUAUUGUACUUUUUUGACGAAAGUUGUUUUGUAUACUCUUUCUACAGACUGAUUAAAAGUGUACAGUACCUUAUUUUGUGGGUUGCUGUUGUUUAUGUAUUUUGUUAUCUGGAUUAAAUUUCAUAUUGCAUUAGCAUU